AUGACAGAAAUUGCAAAUCUUCUACAGGUUCCAUUAAAACAAGGAACAAACAAAAAGGGUGCAUAUAAUAGAACUAUGAAAGUUCCAGACGGAAUGAAAGAAUUAGUCCACAUUGUUGCCGGUCUUCAAAAGGAUGUUAAACAAAUGAGAAACGUUUUAACAUUACCAGAAGCUCAAGCAUAUGCCAAACGUCAUGGACCAAAUUGGGAAGCACAUGAAGCAGACAUUACAGGACCAAAUGGAAAGCCUGAUGGAAUAAAUGAAGUCUUUGUUACUGAUGGUCAAGGAAAUAUUAAAGUCAUAAAUGGGUAUAAAUUAACAAUGACGGAUUAUCCUAAACGUAAAGCAUAUAAUGAACGUUAUCCUAUGCAAUUUGAUGAAAAUGGAAAAGCUGUUAAACAAUACAUUGGAGAAGGUGAACAUGGUCCAAUUAUUCAUACCGUCAUAAUCCAUAUUCUUAUUUCAAUGAAGAAUUAA